GGGUCUUGUAGGAUCCUGUUCAGUUGGUCCGAUGUGAUGUGGCUCCCGGCGCCGGCGUCGGGUUCUUCAACGUCACUGCUUCCCGGCCGUCCCAUCGCUUCUUACCCGACCGUUUAACGGCCGCUGAACCUCGGCAAUUUUGACAACGUAUUAGUAGUCAACAACUAUUUCCUAUUUGCCUAGCAUCCCAAUAUCUAACCAAUAAUCAUCAUCAUCAUCAUCCUCAGAACUAUUUGCAGCGUAUUCUCGUUCGACUUGUUUGCACUUGAGAACCUCACACACAUACUUGCCCUUUUCCAAUCAAUCCGUUUUCUCACAUCGUCGCUCCCAAUCCUGUCUUUGGAAUCCCCAUCUUGAAGAAAUCCAGCCCCACAUCACCACGAUGGCGCAACAACAACAACAACCCCAACUCAAAGGAUAUACAUCCUACAAACACUUCAAUGUGACCUCCGCGGGGCCUGCCUUCGUCGUGCACGUGGAGAUCAACCGUCCUGCCAAACUCAACGCCUUUUUCGAGGCCAUGUGGCUGGAGUUGGGCCAGAUCUUCCGGCAGCUGUCGUCGGACCCGGACGUGCGGGCCGUGGUGCUCUCGGGCGCCGGUGACCGGGGUUUCACGGCGGGUUUGGACAUCCACGCGGCCAGCUCGAACAACCAGCUGCAGUCGAGCGGCGCCCUCGACGUCGGGCGCAAGGCGGCCCAGUUGAGAAGAUACAUUACUGAAUUUCAGGAUAGCAUUUCGGCUAUUGAAUUGUGCGAGAAACCCGUCAUCGUCGUCCUCCACGCCAUCUCCCUCGGCCUCGCCAUCGACAUCGCCUGCGCCGCCGACAUUCGGCUCUGCACGCGUGACGUUCGGCUGGCCGUCAAGGAGGUCGACAUCGGCCUGGCCGCCGACAUUGGCACGCUGAGCCGGCUGCCCAAGGCCGUCGGCAACUUCUCGUGGGUGAAGGAGGUAUGCAUGUCGGCAAGAGAGUUUGGCGCGACCGAGGCGCAACAGGUCGGCUUCGUCAGCCAAGUUCUCGACAGCAAGGUGGCUGCCCUGGAUCAGGCGAUCAAGCUGGCGGGCUUGAUUGCUGGGAAGAGCCCGAUUGCUGUACAGGGAACUAAGGAGUUGUUGAACCACGCAAGGGACCAUUCGGUUUCUGAAAGCUUACGGUAUACCACCGUCUGGAACUCGGCUGCUUUGCAAUCAAGAGAUAUGAUGGACGCGUUAUCGGCUAGUGUGCAGAAGAAGAAGCCCGUCUUUUCAAAGCUUUAAAGAGGAUCAAGUAGUCCAUCGCAGGCUGGUAACUGCUACGCAGUGUUGAAGGUGUAUAAAUAAAUGCAUGUAAUUCGGGGGGGUUCAGCGACUUGAAGUCACUACGUAUGCGUCUCCUAUUUACUAGGCAACUCCUAGUCACUAUCUGCCAGCGGUUCCUCGGGCCUGUAUGUUUCCUUCAGGCGCUGUUGUAGGUAGGAAAGUGUCAGCCAGAGGAAGGUGAUAUAAUCGGACAUGAUAUCUAGUUCACGAUGCGGGCCAAACGGUCACACUGGACAAAGCAAAGGGGAAGCAUAUGACUUACGUCCUCGAGUUUCUGUUUGAGCAGUUGCACCAUGUUUUCCUUAACAACCAGGGUCUGCUCAUC